AUGUUUGUAAACAUCUCAGAUGAUGUGAUUGCUUACGGCAAAACUAGACAGGAACACGAUAAAUGGCUGGAGCGAGUUUUACGACGAUUUGAAGACAAAGGAUUGACACUAAAUCCAGCCAAGUGUGAAUUUGCAUUGAAGAAGAUAGACUUCAUGGGGCACAUAAUUUCACAGGAAGACCACAAACCGCUUGAAGUAAUUUACCGCAAACACAGCAAACCAUCUCCACGGAUCGAACGAUGGGUCCUACGAUUGCAAUCCUAUGAUUCUGAUAUCGUGUAUCAGUCAGGCAAGACCAACAUAGCAGGCCCCUUAUCGCGACCACCAACGCAAAGUUCCAGCGGUGAGGCUGACGAAUAUGUCAAGUUUGUGGCAAUAGCGGCAACGCCGAGCUCACUUACAACCAGAGAAAUUGAAAAGGAAUCAAGUCGUGACGAGGAGCUCACAAGAGUACGGAACGCCAUCCGUAGUGGCCAAUCUAGAGCUAUGGCAGAAGAGUACAGACACCUCUUUGGCGAACUUGCCACAAUAGGAUACAUCAUUCUGAGAGAGUGUCACAUCGUGAUACCACGUCGCUUACGUCACAGAGUGCUCGCCCUUGCUUAUGAGGGACACCAAGACAUUGCCAAGUGCAAGGCGCGCCUACAGUCCAAAGUGUGGUGGCCAGAAGUAGACGGGGACAUUGAGAGAGCUUGUCGCACAUGUAGAGAAUGUCAAAUCACACAACUGGACAAUCAAGCACCACCCAUGACCAGAACUACCCUACAGAGUGCACCAUGGGUUAGUAUAGCUGCAGACAUGCAGGGUCCAUUGCCCACUGGAGAGCAUCUAUUAAUUGUUGUUGACUACUACAGCAGAUUCUAUGAAGUGGAAAUCAUGUGUAGCACAAGAGCACAAGAUGUUAUUUGA